AUGCGCGACGUCCGCGCCUGCGCCGCGACGGGCGCCCUGCAGGCGGACACGGCGACGCCGCUCCUGCGCUGCGCCCGCUGCCGGAGCACGCAUUACGUCGACGCCGCGCGGCAGCGGGCGCACUGGCCGGCGCACCGGCGCACGUGCCUGCCGCUGGGCGACGGCGAGAAGGAGCGCGUGGCGAACCUGAAGGCGCCGCGGGCGUUCGCGGAGCUGGCGGGGGACCUGCGCGCGGGCGGCUCGGCGCGCACCGUGGCGCUGCUGCGGCGGUGCCGCGUCGUGCUGGACCAGGGCGCACCGCCGGGCGACUUCGAGGCGACGUGCCACGGCGCCGCGCGCGCGUUCGCGCGCGCGUCGGACGCGACCGUCGCGGCGCUCCUGGCGGCGCCGGGCCUCGCGGCCUACCUGCUCUGCGGCGACGACUGCCUGACGCCGGCGGCGCGCGCGACGCGCGCCGCCGGGUUCCCGCGGGGCCUGCCCCAGGCGGACGCGUUCGGCGCGCGCGGCGACGCCUACGCCGCGUGCGCGCGGCGCGAGCGGCGCGAGUGGGAGGCCGGCGGCCGCGCGGGGACCGCCGCCUUCGCGACGGUCUACGUCGCCCUGGCCGGCGCCGGCGGCGCGCGGCGCGCGGCGCCGCCCGGGCCGCCCGCGGACGACGCGCGCGGCGCGGCGCGGGCGGGCGCGCUCGCCGCGGCGUGCCGGGCGCGCGUGCUGGGCCUCUGGGGCGACGUCGCGGCGCGCGAGUGCGGCGGCGACGCCUUCGCGGCGGCGCCGGGCCUCGCGCUGCUGCUGCUGCGGACGGAGCGCGCGGCGGGCUCCGAGCCGUGGCGCGGGCACCUGGACGAGGCGCGGCGCGUGCCCAAGGGCCCGGUCGUCUGCGCGGCGCUGGCGGACCUCGCGGACGCGGCGGCGCCGCGGGCCUGCCGCGAGGUGCUCGAGGCCGCGGUCCGGCGGGCCGACGCGUGCCGGCGGGCGGCGCCGGCGCAGCCGCCGGGCCCGACGCGCGUCGACUCGCGGACGGACGUCGCGCGGGGCCACGGCGGCUUCCGGGACUACUGGGCCGCCGUGCCCUUCGCCGACCGCGCGGCCGUCUGCGCGGCGGCCGCGCACGCGCUGCUGGACGGCUGCGACGACGCCGGCGUCCUGGGGCGGCUCGUCGACGACGCGGCGCAGCGCCCGCGCGCGGCGUCGGCGGCGCGCGACGCCGCGGUCCGCCACCGCGUGCUGAGCGCCGCCGCCGGCGCGCACCGGGCGGGGCUGGUCGGCCGGCCCGGCGACGACGACGAGGCGCGGGCCGUCCUCGCGGGCGUGCUGCGCGCCGCGCACCGCCGCGCCUACCCGGCGCUCGCGGCGCUCUGGGGCGCGCGGCUGCUGCGCUUCGCGCCGGAGCGCGCCGUCGAGCGCUGCUGCGCCUUCGCGGCCGUCUUCGCGGACGCGGACGCGGACGUCGCGGCGCGCGCCGCGGCGUGGGAGGCGACGCCCUGGCCGCGCGACCGCGACGACGCCGCGGCCCGCGAGAAGCUCGCGUGCGCCGAGCUCGCGGCCGGCCGGCCGCUGGACGACUGCGCCGCGCGCGACAGCGACGACUCCGAGUCGGAGCUGACGACGUUCACGCUGAACGACGCGGCGUCGCUCGCGUCCUACGGCGUCUUCGCCCCGGAGUAA